ACAGCAUCACAGCACCUCAGCUCUCUCUCAGUCCUCAGUCAGUCCAAACUCCAAAGCCUCUUCUCUAUUCUCUUCUUCACCGAUAACCCAAAUUCCCCCCGUUGCAGCUCGCAGGCCUCCUUCGAACGGCGACGUAUCAAGUCUCUUUCUCUUCUCUUGUUUCUCGGCGAACCAGGCAGUUGGUUUAGAUAAUGGAUUACACUUGUCAAGGGAAAAUAUUAGAGAGAAGUGACAAGGAAGAAAUAUUUGACGCAAUUGAUGAACUAAAAGUGGGAAUGGAGGUGUCUAAUGAAGCUGAAGCUUACAAUCUAUGCAACACCUAUGCCUUUAGGAAAGGUUUUAGUAUCCGUAAAGGGAAUAUUCGAAGAGAUGCGCAAAAUAAAGUCAGGCAAAGGGACUAUUUUUGUUCAAAAGAAGGGUUUCAAUCGGAUGAAGAUUUGUGUGAAGUGAAAAAGAUGAGAAGAUUAGACACAAGAACAGGUUGUAAGGCUCUAAUUCGAUUCACAGUGGAUAAUGGUAUAUGGAAGAUCAGUCACAUCAAUCUAGAUCAUAAUCAUGAGUUUGCUAAGCCUGAAGAAAGACAAUUUCUACGAUCAGGUCGACAUAUACCAUGUGUCCGUGCAGCUAUCCUUGGCCCUAAGGUUGAUGAGAGUACAAGACCAACAAAAUCAUACCCUUACUUGGGAAAAAAGUUUGGCAAUGCUGAGAAUGUUGGGUCCACUAAUAAAGAUUGUCAUAAUUAUUUGCAAAGGAAUAAGGAAGAAAUGCUAGAAGGAGGGGAUGGGCAAAGUUUGAUAAAUUAUUUUAAGCAUAAACAAAUGGAGGAUCCAAGUUUUUUCUACAGUGUUCAAGUGGAUCAAUAUAAUCGGAUCACAAAUUAUUUUUGGAGAGACGGUAGAUCAAGGUUAGAUUAUGAUUGCUUUGGAGAUGUUGUAUGCUUUGACACCACAUUUCGGACCAAGAAAUAUAAUCUAAUUUGUGCUCCAUUUGUGGGUGUUAAUCAUCACUGCAAGAAUGUCUUAUUUGGUUGUGCUUUUGUAUCGGAUGAGAGCACUGACUCAUUUGUUUGGUUGUUUGAAACAUUUUUGGAGUCCAUGGGAUAUAAGCAACCGAAAACCAUUUUCACAGAUGUGGGUGAUGCAAUGGCAAAUGCAAUUGCGGUUAUGCUUCGAGAGACACGCCAUCGCCUAUGCAUAUGGCACAUAUCUAAGAAUGCUACACAAUAUAUUGGAUCUCAUUAUUCUAAUCACGAGUUCAAGGAGCACUUUAACAAAUGCUUUCAUGAUUGUCUCACUGAAGCAGAAUUUGAAGCUACGUGGAAUGACUUGAUUAGAAAGUUCAACCUUGAGAACAAUUCGUGGCUGCAAGAGUUAAAUUCACUUAGAGAAAAAUGGUGUCCUGCUUUUAGCUUAGACACUUUUACAGCCAAUUUUAGAUCCUCCAAUAGAGGUGAGAGCAUAACCAGUACAUUCCAUCAAAUUUCUACGAAAACAAUGGAUCUCAUUGGUCUUGUACAGCAUUAUGAGAAAAAAACAAAAGUGGUGCGGUCAGCAGAGUUGGAAGAGGACUUUCGUUGUAAAAAUGGUAUGCCUCAUCUUAGAGCAAAUAGUGGUAUCUUUAAGCAUGCAGCUUCUGAAUACACAAUUAAAAUGUAUUCAUUCUUUGAAAAUGAGCUUAUGAGUAUCUUUGGGGUGAGGAUGAUAGAAGUUGGUAAUGAUGGCAACCAAUAUAUUUAUGAAGCAAUUGAAGAAGGUCAUCCAAGAGUCUACAUUAUUGAAUAUAACUCCGCUACUUCCAUGGUUUCUUGUUCUUGUAAGUUAUUUGAAUCCAUAGGAUUGUUGUGCCGUCAUGCCCUAAAAGUAUUGGAUUUAAAAAACUUCACAAGCAUUCCGACCCGGUACAUAGUGAAGAGAUGGACUAAAGGGGCAAAGAAAAGGAUUGUGGAGAGUAGUGAUUUAUAUGAGUCGUCAUAUAAAAUGGGGAAGUCUGCCCAAUCAUUGCGCCUAAGUGAGUUGAUGCAUGAAGGAAAUAAUGUUUUCAGUAUAGGCUCAUUGUGUGAUUCAGGAACGAGAAUUGUUAAACAGAAGUUGGUGGAGGCCAUGAAGUUGCUUGAAAGUGAUGAGGAAACUACAUCUAUGCAGGGAAAUUUGAACAAAGUAGAUGAUCAAUUUGUUCGUGAUGUGCUUCUUGAUAACUGAAGGUAUUGAAUCUCCUACUUGCGAGGGCCAAACAAAUCGAAUGCUAGAUUGAAAAGCAAUGAAAAAACAGGAGAAUGUAAAAUUGUACUUUGUUGUGUAAGGUUUCGGAACAUGGUUUUGUUUCUUCCUUUUUUCUUUUUUGGGUCUAUUUAGGUUGAAGCUGUCAUUGUACAUAUUUUCGUUUCAGGUGACAGCUCCCAUAUGUUAGAAAGAUUCUGUUAUUGUGCUCCUUAUAUGUAUGUGCUUUGUAUUCGAGUUUGUUAACUUUGGUCAGUUUGGGAUGAAUUUAAGUACCAUAUCCUU